CGACUAUAAAACAUAGAGAAAUAGCAGAAUACUCCAAAACACAAAAAACACACUUCUUAUUUUAUUUAUUUAUCUAAGUCUACUAGCAUCUUCUUCCCCUUCCUCCCCCUGAUGAUCUUCCUUCCCUCAUAGUCACAGUCAUGGAGGAAUCACAAGAGAAUUAUAAGCCUGUAGUGAAGUAUGAAGAGAGAGCUUCAAAGAUGAAGAAGAAAAUCAAGAAUCCUAGGAGGUUCAGUGAUGAGCAGAUAAAAUCAUUAGAAUCCAUAUUCAAACUCGACACGAAGCUCGACCCGAGGAAGAAGCUUCAGAUAGCCAAAGACCUCCACCUCCAGCCGAGGCAAGUCGCCAUUUGGUUUCAGAACAAAAGGGCCCGAUGGAAGUCGAGGCAGAUCGAGCAAGAAUACCAAAUACUUAGAGAAAACUACCACACUCUGCACAUCCAAUUUGAUCAACUCAAGAAGGAAAAACAGUCCCUCCAGAUUCAGCUAGAGGAGCUUAGUGGGCUCAUCAAGAACCUUGACAAAAGUGACCUCAGUGAAGGAAAUGGUGAGCUUAACACAAGAUCAAAUGAAGAAAUGGAUUACAAAUGCAGCUACAAUGAUUUCAAUCCUACCAAGAAAAUAGAUGGAGAAGACGAAGAUGUAGAGGUAGAUGAAGAGUUUCUUAGAUGGGGUGAGGAAGAAGAGAUCACAAACUUGGGAUCACCAGAAACAUGGUGUAAUCUUUCUUCCUACAGCCUAUUCCCUAAUUCCCCUUCUGGCAUUUCGAAUUCGAAUGCCUGGGAGAGUUGAAUCACCACUAAGCAUCAAGAAUACAAUCAACCAACACCUCUGCAUUCUCAAAACUGAUCAAACUAGACAAACUAGACCUAAACUGAUCAAGAUUUCAUGUCAUGUUUUAUAGAGGUGUUCAUAGCCACUAAGCAUCAAGAUUUCAUGUAAUGUUUUAUAGAGGUGUUCAUAGCCUGCAGUUGUAAUGUUUAACAGUUCAUGUAUCUAUGUAUGCAUACUUCAGUUCUUCAA